AUGAAGUUCUCAAAUCUUGAAAACAUUUCUAAGAAGGAUGAAAGAUUAAUAAAGUUAGAUUUUGAUGAUUAUAUUGCUAAUGUUUUAAACUUAAGUGAAACUAAGCCUGUUUAUUGUCCUGAUUAUCAGAAAAAUUCUUGUAAAGGAGGAUGUGGAUUAAUUCAUAUUAAACUAGCAACGGCUGUUGUUUGUAAACACUGGCUCAAAGGACUGUGUAAAAAAAAUGAAGAGUGUACUUUCUUACAUGAUUAUGAUUUACAGAAGAUGCCUGAGUGUUUCUUUUUUAAUGUGUAUGGUGUUUGUAAUAAUUAUGAAUGUCCUUAUAAACACGUAGAUGAUAAAAAUGUUAUCACUGAGUGCCCGUGGUACAAUAAAGGAUUUUGUAAAAAUGGACCCACUUGUAAAUAUAAACAUAUUAAAAGAUCUCUAUGUGUUGAUUAUUCUUUUGGAUUGUGUUUAAAAGGACCAAAGUGUAAUUUAUUUCAUUUAAAAGAGUUAGUUAGAAAUUAG